AGCGGAGAGGAGGAGGAGGAGGAGGAAGGAGAGGUUGUGUCAGGUGGAAACUGGGACCUCUAUGGAUAUCACCAUCACCCUCCACCGGCACUGAACCUCAGCAUCUCCCGGCCGGCGGUCAGCGCUGCAGGCACGCAGCGCUCUUAACGUGCGCUAAGGCGCAGUUUUUGCACAGUGCACACCCCCCGCGGUGCUUCAGUAAUUACCCAAACCAGCCGCUUCCUCGUGUAAUAGGGACUAAUCGAGGGAAAACCCUGCUGGAAUAAAAGCGGAGCGUCAGUCUCCUCCAUUGAUAAACCGCGCUCCUCAUCGAUUCGAGCCAGCGACGUCUUGGUGGAGGAGGACGAAACCAAACCAAAAAACUGACACUGAGGCUAAAGGGCGUCGGGCGCGAUGGCUAAUGCCUCUCCAGACCUGGACAACGCGGAAGCCCAGCGCCAGCUUAACAACAACAACCGACCAAUCGGCUCUGGCUUCUGGGAGACAGAGUGUACCAGCUCCAAACUGUUCGAGUGCUCCCGCAUCAAGGCCCUGGCAGAUGAACGAGAUGCAGUGCAAAAGAAGACUUUUACAAAGUGGGUCAACUCUCAUUUAGCCAGGGUGUCCUGUCGCAUAUCUGACCUUUACAACGACCUGAGGGAUGGAUACAUGCUCACCAGACUGCUGGAGGUGCUCAGUGGAGAGCUGCUGCCGAGGCCCACACGAGGUCGAAUGCGGAUCCACUGCCUGGAGAACGUCGACAAAGCACUGCAGUUUCUUAAAGAGCAGAGGGUUCACCUGGAAAACGUCGGUUCCCAUGACAUUGUGGAUGGAAACCAUCGCCUUACCCUGGGCCUUAUCUGGACCAUCAUCCUUCGCUUUCAGAUCCAGGUGAUCAAAAUAGAGACGGAGGACAACAGAGAAACCCGCUCUGCCAAGGAUGCGCUGCUGCUUUGGUGCCAGAUGAAGACUGCAGGGUACUCUGAGGUCAACAUCCAGAACUUCACCACCUGCUGGAGGGACGGCCUUGCCUUCAACGCCCUAAUACAUAGACACAGACCUGAUCUAAUAGAGUUCCACAAGCUGACACGAUCCAAUGCAACCCACAACCUGCAGCAAGCCUUUAACAUCGCUGAGCAGCACCUGGGCCUCACGAAACUCCUGGACCCUGAGGAUGUGAACACCGAGAACCCAGAUGAAAAGUCCAUCAUUACAUACGUGGUUUCCUAUUACCACUACUUCUCUAAGAUGAAGGCUCUUAUUGUGGAGGGGAAGCGCGUUGGCAAGGUGCUAGACAACUGCAUUGAGGCAGAGAAGAUUGUUAACCGCUAUGACGCUCUGGCAUCUGAGCUCCUCGAGUGGAUAGAGAAGACCAUCGCGGUCAUCAGCAACCAGAAGUUUGCCAACUCGCUGACCGGAGUUCAGCAGCAGCUGCAGGCUUUCACCACCUACUGCACUAUAGAGAAGCCCAUAAAGUUUCAGGAGAAGGGUAAUCUCGAGGUCCUUCUCUUCACCAUCCAAAGCAAACUCAGAGCCAAUAACCAGAAACCCUAUGUGCCUAAUGAUGGGAAGCUCAUCUCAGACAUUAACAAGGCCUGGGAGAGAUUGGAGAAGGCAGAGCACGAGAGAGGUGUAGCUUUACGGAAGGAGCUGAUUCGCCAGGAGAAGCUUGAGCUGUUGGCUCAGCGCUUUGACCACAAAACCACCAUGAGGCAAGCCUGGCUCAAUGAGAAUCAGAGACUCGUAUCGCAGGACAAUUUUGGUUAUGACCUACCAGCAGUCGAGGCAGCGAUGAAGAAGCACGAAGCCAUCGAGGCAGACAUAGCCUCAUACGAGGAAAGAAUUGGCGUGGUUGUGGAACUCGCAGCAGAGAUGGAGGUGGAAGGAUACUACGAUAUCCGGCGUAUCUUGGCACGUAAAGAGAAUAUCCUGGGCCAGUGGAGUCUGCUGAAGGAGCUGGUGGCUGGGAGAAGGACCCGGCUGGAGAAGAAUCUGGCCUUGCAGAAGACCUUCCAGGACAUGGUGUACAUGAUUGACUGGAUGGAGGACAUGCAGGUCCAGCUGCUCUCGAGGGACUUUGGGAAACAUCUACUAGAGGUGGACGACCUGCUGCAGAAGCACGGCCUGCAGGAGGCCGAUAUUACUGUGCAGGCUGAGAGAGUAGAGACGCUCAACACUGCUGCACUCAAGUUCACCACAAUAGAGGGUUACCAACCAUGUGACCCACAGGUGAUCUGUAACCGUGUCAACCAUGUCUCUUCCUGUCUGGAGGAGCUGAAACACCUGGCAACUAAAAGACGUGCUGAGCUCGAGGAGUCAAGGAAACUGUGGGCCUUCUUUCAGGAGCUGGAAGAGUCGGAGGCCUGGAUCAGAGAGAAAAGCUCCAUCCUGGGAGCUCAGGGCUACGGGAAGGACCUGAGCAGUGUGCUGAGGUUACUGCAACAGCACAAGACUCUGGCUGGGGAACUGCUGGCUCACCGCUCACUGCUGCAGAACACCAUGAAGCGAGGGAAGCAGAUUCUGAGUGAGAAGAGCUUUGGCACAGCGGGGAUCCAGGAGCGCAUCAUGGAGGUUAAAGGCGAGUGGAAGAGGCUGGAGGACCAGGCUGCGCAGCAUCUCAGCCACCUGCAGGAGGCGCUCAACUUCUUCCAGUUCUCCACAGAGACGGACGACGUCGUGGCCUGGCUGCAGGACGCUUACCGCCUGGUGUCCAGUGAAGACUUUGGACACGAUGAGUACUCCACUCAAUCGCUGCUAAAGAAACACAGAGGGGUCAGUGAAGCCAUUGACAAACAUCGUUUGCAUGUAGUGGCACUGCGCAAACACAUGGUGGCGCUGCCCCUGCGGUACCGUGAACAGGAGGAGGUGCAGGUUCGUAUGGGAGAGGUGGAGCAGCUGUACACAGAGGUUGCUGAAAUCGCAGUGCUCAGACAGCAGUGGCUUCACGACGCCCUCGCUGUGUACCGCAUGUUCAGCGAGGUCAACGCCUGCGAGCUGUGGAUUGACGAGAAGGAGCAGUGGCUGGAAAGGAUGGAGAUCCCAGAAAAACUGGAGGAUGUGGAUGUCGUGGCACACAGAUUUGAGAGCCUGGACCAGGAGAUGAACAGCCUGAUGGGAAGGAUCCUGGAUGUUAAUCAGAUAGUUCAGCAGCUCCUGGAUGGAGGUCAUCCAUCUUCUACAGAGGUCAGAGGUUGUCAGGACCACCUCAACUCUAGGUGGAACAGCAUCGUGGAGCUGGUCGAGCAGAAGAAAGAUCAACUGGACUCGAUGUUACGUCUGCAGAACUACCUGCUGGAGUGUGCCGAGAUCAAGUCCCAGAUCCAGGACAAGAGAAAAGCCAUUGACGCCACCCAGUAUGUGGGCAGUGAUUUGGGAGGGGUCCUCGCCCUGCAGAGACGCCUCUCUACUAUGGAGGGAGCCCUGUCUGUUCUGGAGCCCAAACUACUGCACUUACAGGAAGAGGCAGAGCAUCUGGCCACUGCUCACCCGGUUCGGGCAAUGGAGGUUCUUGUGCAGUUUGAUGGCAUCAGUGUGGAGUGGGAGGAGCUCAAACGGACCCUGCAGGGAUGUGAGGACUCACUGAUGGUGGCUAGCAGGCUGCAGAGCUUCAUACAGGACCUGGACUCAUUCCUCACCUGGUUGGUCCAGACGCAGACCGCCGCUGCCUCAGAGCAGCUGCCCAACAAUCUGGAGGAGGCAGAGAAGCUCAUCAACGAGCACGCUGCUCUCAAGGAAGAGAUUGGACGGUACGAAGAGGACUACGAGCGCCUGCAAGCCAUGAAUGAGCUCCUGGAGUCCGAGGAGGCUCCUCUCCCACAGGCCGCCCUGCAGCAGUGGCUCCAGAAACUCGAUGUCGGCUGGAACAAGCUGCUGGAGAUGUGGGAAAGCAGGAGAGAAGUUCUGGUCCAGGCUCACAUUUUCCAUCUAUUCCUGCGUGACGUCAAACAGGCCGAAUCCUUCCUCAACAACCAGGAGUCUGCGCUCGCUCACGUGGAGCUGCCCACCACAGUGGAAACAGUGGAAGCGGCUAUAAAGAAACACAAGGACUUCACCACCACCAUGGAGCUGAACCUGCACAGGAUCAAAGCUGUGAUCGAGGCAGGAGAAAGUCUGAUCAGCCAGAACAACAUCUACUCUGAACGCAUUAAGGAGCGCAUCGACACUCUUGCCAACAGGGGAAACAAGAACAGAGGGCUGGCCCAGCAGUGGCUGGAAAAACUGAAUGACCAGUGGGAACUUCAGAGGUUUCUCCAGGACUGUCAUGAGCUGGGGGAUUGGGUGUAUGAGAAGAUGCUAAUGGCGAGGGACAGCAGUCGAGACGAGACCCAGAAGCUUCAUAAGAAAUGGCUGAAGCACCAGGCUUUUAUGGCCGAGUUGGCCCAGAAUAAGGAAUGGCUGGACAAAAUUGAAAAGGAGGGCCAGCAACUGAUCCAGGAGAAGCCGGAGCUCAGCCCGGUGGUGCGGAAGAAGCUGGAGGAGAUCAGGGAGUGCUGGCAGGAUCUGGAGAGCACCACUCAGGCAAAAGCCCGCCAGCUUUUUGAAGCCAACAAGGCCGACCUGCUGGUGCAGAGUUACGAAAGCCUCGACCAGAGACUGGGCCAGCUCGAGGGUCAACUGGCCUACGUCGACCAGGGACAGGACCUCACCACCGUCAACAAGCAGCUCAAAAAACUGCAUACCCUGGAGACCCAGAUGGAGGAAUGGUAUAAGGAGGUAGGGCAGCUUCAGGUGCAGGCAUCCUCCAUCCCGCAGCAGACGCAGGUCAAGGAGACGGUUGCAGAGCGACAGGCCGCCGUGGAGGCCAGGAUGGUGCGUUUGAUCGAGCCGCUGAAGGAGAGGCGACGCAUCCUGCUGGCGUCCAAGGAAGUUCAUCAAGUUGGGCGAGACCUGGAGGAUGAGAUUUUGUGGGUCCAGGAACGCCUCCCGAUGGCCAUGUCUCAGGAGCACGGCUCUACUCUGCAGGCUGUGCAGCAGCUAAUGAAGAAGAACCAGAAUCUUCAGAGGGAGCUGCAGAGCCACAGGAGCAGAAUUGAUGAUGUCCUGGAGAGGGCGGGGAUCAUUGGCUCCAUACGCAGCCCUGAGGCAGACUGCAUCAGGGCAGGUCACGACCAGCUGUCCCAGCUGUGGGCUCUGCUUUGGGCCGAGACUGAGAGGAGGCAGCUGGUCCUGGAUGCCAUGUACCAGGCCCAGCAGUACUACUUCGAUACAGCCGAGGUCGAGGCCUGGCUGAGUGAGCAGGAGUUGCACAUGAUGAAUGAGGAGAAGGGAAAGGAUGAGCAGAGCACGCUGCAGCUGCUGAAGAAGCAUUUGGUCCUAGAACAGACCAUCGAAGACUACGCUGAGACCAUCGGCCUGCUUUCACAGCAGUGCCGGCAGCUGCUGGAGAUGGGACAUCCAGACUGCGAACAGAUCAGCAAGCGUCAGUCACAGAUAGACCGUCUGUACGUGUCUCUGAAGGACCUGGUGGAGGAGAGGAAGAGCCGUCUGGAGCAGCAGUACUGGCUGUACCAGCUCAACAGGGAGGUGGAUGAGUUGGAGCAGUGGAUCGCUCAGAGGGAGGUGGUCGCCAGCUCGCCUGAACUGGGUCAAGACUAUGAGCAUGUCACAGUCCUACAGGAGAAGUUUACAGAGUUUGCGUCAGAAACGGGCAGCGUGGGCCAGGAGCGAGUGACAGCCGUCAAUCAGAUGGUGGAUGAGCUCAUCGACUACGGCCACUCAGAAGCAGCCACCAUCGCCGAAUGGAAGGACGGAGUGAACGAAGCCUGGGCCGACCUGCUGGAGCUCAUGGAGACCCGCGGUCAGAUGCUCGCUGCUUCACACCAGCUGCACAAAUUCUUCUUCGACUGCAGAGAGGUUUUAGCCCAGAUUGAUGACAAACAUCGAAGGUUGCCAGAGGUUCGGGCUCGGCAGGGCAGCACUUCCAACACCAGCACCCUGCAGAGACUCCUGCACACCUUCGAGCAGGACAUUCAGCUGCUUGUCACACAGGUGCGUCAGCUGCAAGAGAGCGCAGCCCAGCUGAGGACGGUGUACGCUGGCGAGAAGGCCGAAGCCAUCGCGUGCCGUGAGCACGAAGUGAUGCAGUGCUGGAAAGAGCUGCUAACAUCCUGCGAAGAGUGUCGGGUGCAGAUCACCACAGAGACUGACAAGCUGAGGUUCUUCGGCAUGGUCCGAGAUCAGAUCAUGUGGAUGGACUCGAUCAUCUGUCAGAUAGGGACAGGAGAGAAGCCCAGGGACGUGUCCUCAGUAGAGGUGCUGAUGAACUAUCACCAGAGUCUUAAGAGUGAAGUAGAGGCUCGCAGUCAGAGCAUCCUGGAGUGUAUUGAGAUGGGAAAAACCCUGCUGGCGGCUAGAAACCCUGCAGCUGAAGAGAUCAAAGAGAAGCUGGACAAAGUGAUCGCUAAGGAGCGUGAGCUGUCUGAGAAGUGGGACAAGCACUGGGAAGUCCUGCAGCAAUUGUUGGAGGUUCAUCAGUUUGCCCAGGAGGCGGUGGUGGCAGAGGCAUGGCUGACUGCUCAGGAGCCGUUUAUCAACAGCAACGAGCUUGGAGGGAGCGUAGAUGAGGUGGAACAGCUGAUUCGUCGACAUGAAGCCUUCCGCAAAGCAGCUGCCACCUGGGAAGAGCGAUUCAGCUCCCUGCGGCGGCUCACCACGGUAGAAAAGCUAAAAGCAGAGCAAAGUAAACUGCCCCCAACUCCCCUCCUGGGUCGUAAAGUCUUCCUGGAUCCCCAAGAUGCCUCACAUAGUCCACCCACUCUCCCCCGCCUCCCAGUCUCCCCCGUCAUGAGGCAGACUAUAUAUGAACAGAACGAAGCCAGCUCUCCUCCAUCUCCCUCGCCGGCCACCCCAACACCUUCUCCGUCAUCUGCAGCUCGGCGCCUGGGAUCAACAGUCGCCAACUACACCCCUGUGAUGAACGGCUCCAGCUACCGAAACACUCUGGAUGUCCGGGAUGGAGGCGUAGUGGGUGUGGCUGCAGGUCUAGGCCGCCCGGCUGCAUCCUCGAUUGCAUCUAUAGCCACAGCAGCGAUGCUAGUGUCAGCCAACCAGGCACGAGAAAGUGCCAGCACAGCAAGGGAACAGACAGCAAAGGUGAUGAGUCACCUGCAUCCGGCACAAGCGGCGAGGGAAAUUGAGGCAAAAUCCUCCCCGUAUCUCCGGCAACCCAAAAUCAAACACUUAGAUGAUGCUGUGACGCCUCUGAUUGUGGCCAGCCGGCUGGAGAAGGCAAGAGAGCGGGGGAGGGAGAGAGAUAUGAUGAUGGGGACAGAGAGAGCAGAGGUAGCAGUGAUGGCCGAGGUGGUGCUUCAGGAGCCGAGCCGGGAGCGUCUGCACAGCGAGCCCACCAGAGGGCCUCGAGGAUCCAGGACUGACCCUUUGGGCCACGCUGAGCCUCAGGGCCAGACACACACUUAUCACCACAGGAUAGAACGGCAGCUGUCCAGCGAGCAGCUAAUCCAGGCGCGCAGGGAUGAGCUGCCUCAAGAGGUGUGGAGGGAACAGGCUGAGAGGCGGGAGAGACGGACGUUGGAGAGGCAAACUUCCAGCGAACAAGAAGGUCACGGGGGCCACGAGGGCCGGCGGAGAGAGAGGGACAGGCACCGGCUGGAGAGACAGGAAUCCAGUGAGCACGACACAGGGAAGGAGCAAUCAGACAGACGCUCAGCAGGAGGAGACAAGAGGUCCACCAUGGCAGAGAUCGUAGAGCAGCUACAAGAAAGAGAAGCAGCGCAGGCCCGCGGUGAGGUGCCCCGACUGCCUAAUGGGAUACCAGAAAAGUCUUCCCGUCCCGACCGCCCUCGAGCUCGGGACAGACCCAAACCACGACGCCGGCCACGACCCAAAGAGCCCGGGGAAACGACGCGGCGGUCCAGAUCUGCACCAGCCCAGAGCAGCCCGAUCGUCCCCCAACCGCCCACACAUACGGCACACCACGAGGGCUUCCUUUUCCGCAAGCUGGACAUUGAGAGCCUGAAGAAGAGCACCAAUAGCAGAUCAUGGGUCAACCUGUACUGCGUGCUGAAUAAAGGGGAGCUGGGUUUCUACAAGGACGCCAAGAACACCACGACGCCCUACAACAACGAGCCGCUGCUCAACCUCUCCCACUGCCACUGCGACGUCACCAAUGGCUACAAGAAGAAGAAGAACGUCUUCACGCUCAAAACGAAGGACGGCAGCGAGUUUUUGUUUCAUGCAAAAGAUGAGGACGACCUCAAAACGUGGGUGACUAAUAUCACCGCCAGUAUUUCAGAGCACGAGGAGAUUGCCAAAUGGGGUCAGCCCCAACCAACUACCUCAUCCACCGACGAGGGCACGCGCCGCGACGGGAGCAAGGUGGACAACAGGUCAGAGCGCGGUGGCGAGCGUUCGGACCGGGGUGACCGAAUCGAGCGUGCUGAGAAGGAGAAGGAACGGGACAGAGAGAAGGAGAAGGAGAGGGAUAAAGAGAAGGAGAGGGAGAGGGGCGAACGGUCGGAGAGGUCAGAACGGGCUGGGAAGUCGGACGCAAAACGAUCAGAAAAGUCCAGUAAGAAAAAAUGAGCUUGGACGGGAGCUGGGAUUGAAGCUCACAGUAUGAACUCUGGCUGGGAGGCGGGGCCAUAAACUGGUUGCGAACGCCCCCCUCCUCCUCUUCGCCUCCAACACUGUCAACAGAGCAGUCGUGUUUGGAUGGAAAUCGAAGGUUUGACCCGGGCUCACUCAUAGGACAGACGGGACGGAUUUGAUUUGGAGCAGGAGACACCUCCCUCGCUCUCCCCCUCUAUCUCUCUCUCUCUCUCUUCUGUGUCUCUGUGAGAACGCACAGAGUCACCGACGCCCCCUGGCGGCUGUUUCGGAGAACUGCCUGAGAGCAGGGUGGCGUUUUGUGCUGCGGAGCCCCGGGCAGCGUCGCCGCGAGAGAGAGACGGGACGCGCAUCACGGUCAACGGGAAGGCUGUUAGGCUGACGGCUGGUAGAGCGAUAAAACGUAGCUCAUGCUGUUCCAUGUUUGUUUUUUCUAUGAGACGAGCUCCGUCUGUAUGUAUUUCUCGUCUGUGUGUCCUAUUUACUGUAUAUAUCUGUCUGUAAGUCGAGACAUCCUACACUACGUCUUAUUACUCCUUGGAAAUACAAACAGAAUGAAAUUAUGCCAAAAUGUUUUACAGACCUUCUUUUACUUUCUCCGCUGUAUCCCAUCUGUCUGGAGGUCUGGCCAUGAAAACAUGUAGAAAUUCUAAUAGUUUUACUUGGAUAACAAACUGCACUGUAAACACACGCGUGCACUUGCCCUGGAUGAGUCAGCACUGAUCUCCAGGUUUGUGCUGACUCUGUUUAAGAGAAGAGAAGAGUAGACGUCGGUCUUCAGAACUUUGUUACGCACACAAAAAACAAGAAGAAAUGUAUCAAAUCAAGAUCCCAGGGCAUACACAGCAGUUUCCCUUCCCUUGGGUAGGAUUUUAUUUUAGCAUUAUAGAUUUUCUAGUGAGCAGUAGGUGGUCAGAAGAAAUAAAAAGUCUUGUUCCCAGGGGCCUCAUUCAUUAAAACGAUUUUAAAAGUGGACCUCUUGUAGUUUUAUUUAUAUUCUGUCAUAUAUAGACUUUUACAGUGGUAGAUAAAUGCUCAUAUUAAACACGGGGCAGGUGGGUAUUCCUAGUAUGAUCAUUGGCCUUACCAGGUGGUGGUUUAAGUUUAAGAGGUCCACUUAAAUUAAUGAAUAAAAUAGGAAAAAAUCUUUAUUUUUGAUAUUUCUAAUAAAAAUGAAACCAUUCAUUGUCAUCUGCUUGUUUUACCAUCUAGAUCAGUUUUUCAUGAUUUGGUCAUAAGCACAAAAUCUGCAUGUUUUUAAUGAAUGAGGCCUUCAGGGAUGAAAACAGGCCUCAUCUACUCUUUUAUUCUCUUACAACAUCAAACUACUGGAUAUUCUCUUUGAUUUAUUAUACAUACAAAUUUGUUUUUAUACAGAGUUUAAAACAAAAUCUUGUGUGUGUGUGUGUGUGUGUGUGUGUGUGUGUGUGUGUGUGUGUGUGUGUGUGUGUGUGUGUGUGUGUGUGUGCGCGCGCUGCUGCUCUCCGCUCCCAGGGUCUCCAUAGCUCUCAGGUUAUUUGUGUUGGUGUGUGCUUCACACUCGUCAGUACGUUCAUCCCCUCAGAUGCCGCCUCAGUCUUCCGGAUACAAUACGUCCCAUUCACAACACACAUCUACACACACCCCAUUCACACAUUUGUACUUCUAUCUUUGUGAUGCUACAUUCCCUCACCCCUUAAUUUAACCCUGAUUCUGAACCUUCAAAUAAACCUUUCAGAGCGUCUUUCAAAUUCAGGUCCUGGAAAUAUGUCCUCGCUCACAAAGAUAGACUUACAUCUUCACACGCACACAUAAAACCCAUCAGGCUGAAAAUGUUAGAGGUUAUAAACGAGUCUUAAAAGUCAUCAGGUGGAAAUGACUGAAGCGAUCAAUUAAAAAAGCGAAUGAGCUGACACGGCACUGACAAAAUAUUUCAUAAGUGAGAGAUUGCAUGCUUUUCUUGGAGAGAAAUCACUCGUCUAAAGAAGCUCGUCUUUGCAGUUUAGCAUCCUUGUUACAAGUAUAUGUUUCAUUUCAUGGUAACGCACCACAAUGCCAUAAACAGCAGGAAAUGAGAAUCAUCACGGUUUGGUUUAUCUGGUAAAUGCAGCUUUGUGAGGCACCAGCGGUGGAUGGUGGCAUUAAUUUCCUGCCCCGUUAGAUGCAUGCGGGCCAGACUGCAUUUAAACUUCUUUUAAAGUGCGUUAUUGUCACCGCUGCUGUAUGAAAACUCAUUCCAGCUCUCGUGUUUCUGAUGCUCUCUGUUAAAGUUCAGCUGAAAUGCAUUUGCAUAAUUGUUAUUUUAUUUUUAAUAAUUAAUUAUUUGCAGCUCCUGUACUGCAUGUGAAACAGAAAGCUAGAUAAAAUAGAAAGGCCUCAUUCGUAGGGCACACGUCCAAGUUAGUUUCUUGGAGCAUUAGCUCCUGAUGCUCCCUGAUGCUGUGGGCACAGUUUCAGGAUAUGUGGUGCAUUUUAACCCACACCUGUGGCCUAGAACCAAUCAAACUAUGACUUCUAAAGUGGAAAUGAUGCAAGAGAAAAUAAAAAUUAAAAAAAAUCCCCGCAGCCACAGUGGAGAACAGGAAACACAAGCGCUUGUGUUCAGCCAUCGAGAUAAUGCUUAUGUUUAUCUUCUGUUUGCCAGCGGCAGCCAUUCAAAAGAAAUCAGGACUAAAGAGAGCAUGGCCUUUUAGGGAGAAGAGCUACAACAGCUUAUUUCAGACAGAAGAUAAACUAAGGGGCUCCACCGGGGCUCGGUAUAAAUGUAAAUCAUGCAAAGCUACGCUGUUAGAGUCCAAGAGUAAAACUAUGGAGCUGAAAAUGAGCUUAACAGGUUGUCUUUUUUAAGGUGUUUUCUCUUUUUGAUUAAAUUUUUUGGUCAGUGCACAGUUGCUUCACAGAGCUUCGAAUGCAGCCUUUUGGUGUUUUUACUUUUCAAAACACCGUCUGCCCAUGGACUUUACCUGCUCUCUCACCUUUCUGCUGCAUGUCACAGAGUCUGCCAGCUCAUCAAAGACGCAUCACUCCAAUACUUACAUUUUUAAAAUCAUAGACCAGGUUAUUUUUUAACUCAAACAUGAAGGACUUCACAUAACUUCAGUAAUAUUUUACAAGAAAACAUUUACAUUUAUUUGUAAGAAGGCUGUAAAGCCCAAGAAUCCAGCUCGUGUCUAUAUUUGCUAGGAUAGAGUUCAUAUUUAAGGCUUGUUAAAGAUAUGGUUAUCGGUCAGCUGAUUGUGUUGGGUCUUAUUUAUUUAUUUAUUUAUUUACUUUAGGUUUUCAUUGCUGGAUUUUAAAUUCCCUCCUGACCUACAGACCUCGUUUCUGUUUCUCAUAAAAUUUGUCUUUAGAACUUGUAAUUUAUUUCAUGAGAAUGCCACAUGAGUGCAAUCAUUUGCAUGCAUGUCAGACACAACAAACACACCAAGAGUGAAAAGAGUUCCAUGUUUAAAGUGACACCGAGCCAGCUGGCUGACUGAUUAUGAAUCCAGCAUCAUAAUAAACCUCCAUGAUUUGUUUCUGCUGAUACACACAGAACAGAUCGCGCAGGGUACAGCUGAACCAAUAACAAGUCAAAUAACUUUACACUUUAGAGAGCAGAAACAUUUAGAUAAUAUAUGAAAGGUAAACAUUGGGACAAAUGAAAGCUCGACGGUUUGGGCGUGUGUGCCGAUACCCUGCCCGUCUGUCUGUUGUGCUCACAUCAGCCUCAUUCUGUCGGCAGACGCGAAGUAAUAAAUAAAAAUACCUUUUGGUUUGUUGUUAAUGUA